AUGUCCUCAAUAGAAACGCCUUCGCGGCGAUCCAUGCCCGACGUCGAGCAGCUCGCCGCCAAGCUCUCAGACAAGUCCUCCAACCCAAAGGCAAAGCUCGCAACCGCAUUCGAACUCAAGGAACUCGUCGACCUCUUUCAAAAUCUCGACUAUGCCCUCUUCCUCAAGCAUGUCGUCCCUGCCUUUGUCGCCCUCCUCGACUCGACUCCAUGCAGCUUCACCGCCGAUGCACCAGAGCAGCGGCUCCGUCACAUUCUUCUCGAGACCACCCACCGCUUACCCCAGCAAGAGGUGCUCAAGCCUUAUGCAGACUCGCUCAUGACCGCCAUGCUCAACGUCCUUCGCGACGACAACGAGGACAACGCCGUCCUUGCGCUCAAGGUCAUCAUCGACCUCCAUCGCUCCUUCAAGGCCGUGCUCCAAGACCAAGUACAGCCCUUCCUUGAAAUCGUCAAGAAGCUCUACGCAAACAUGAAAAACACGGUCGAACACGCUUUCGAGUCUGAAGCCUCUCAGCUCCAGGCUUCGGCCAGCUCACCCGCACCUCCCACCGCUGCUCCUGUCGCUGCUCCCGCCGCUGCUCCCGCCGCUGCUCCCACCACAGCCUCAGCUUCAGCUUCCACCUCGGACCCUGCUAGCACCACAUCCACAGCCACAGACUCGACUUUGGCCGCUUCCGCGACCACUCCAGCUACCAUCACCGCCGAUUCCACCGCCACUUUGUCAGCUACACCAGCUGCCUCGGCAGGUACACCAUCCGCAGCACCAUCCACCCCCGCUGCCACUGCCACUGCUGCUCUCGCCACUACAUCCAAGCCACUCCCAAAGUCCAUGUCCAGCUUCAAGGUCUUGACCGAAUGUCCCAUCGUCAUUGUCCUCAUCUUUCAGAGCUACCGCUCCGUCGUUCCGCAGGCCAUCAACGUCUUUGUCCCUCUCAUCAUUGAAAGCUGCCUCUCCCUCCAGGCAAAACCACAACGCGAGGCUCACAACGCCGCAAAUGCAAACGCUGACAUCUUUGUCGGCGUCGCUCCCGGCAUCAAAAACAGGUCGCUCUACACCGACAUGAUCGUAGCACAGGUAAAGACCAUGUCCUUCCUCGCCUACGUCUUGCGCGGUUCCGCCCCUGUCAUGCGCCCCUUUGCGCACGUCUUGCCCGAGAUCAGCGUCCGUCUACUCAAAGACUGUCCACCCGAAGCCUCAGCAACCCGCAAGGAACUGCUCGUAGCAACGCGUCACGUCCUCUCCACCGAAUACCGCGCCCACUUUGUCGGUCAGAUCGACACGCUCCUCGACGAACGCGUCCUCAUCGGCACCGGCGUCACUUCACACGAGACCCAACGCCCCCUCGCCAUCAGCAUGCUCGCCGACCUCGUCCACCACGUCCGUCAAGAGCUCUCCCCCGCCCAGCUCGUUCGCGUCGUCCACAUCCACUCACAAAUCCUCCACGACCCCACGCUCGCUCCCAGCAUUCAGACCAUGUGCGUCAAGCUGCUCCUCAACCUCGUCGAGACCAUCCUCACAAAGCACCCCGACGGCGCCACCCAGACUCUCGCCUCCAUCCUCGACGUCUUUGUCGAAAAGCUCUCCAGCUUGCAUCGCCUCCGUUCCGACAUGGAGCGCAUCCGUCAGAUCAGGCUUGCCUCGGAUCACCCACCCCAUCCUCCCCACACUCUCGUCGAUGCCGUCGCCAUCGAGCGAGCAAAGCCCAUCCAGGCGGCUGCCACCAUGCUCGACACGGCUGGUGAUCCACUCAAGGACGCCCGCUUCCUCUUUCGCAACAUCCUCUUUGGCUUCAAGACGCUCAUCCCCGUCCUCCGUCAUCGCAAUGCGGCUCAUCCAGACGGCGCUCUGGCCGGAAGGCUGCUCGUCGACGGCGUCAAGUGCUGGUCCCUUCACGAAGACCGCGACGGCAGAGAGGAAAAGGAGGUGCUCGACCUUUUCACCACCGUCUUUAUCGACCUCGAGCCCCAGGUCUUCCACGAGGUCUUUACCACCCACAUGCCUUUCCUCUUUCGCCAGAUGCUCGACUCGCCCAGCUUGCUCGGCAUUCCACAGAACCUGCUCAGCAACGACGCCGUCUCCAAGCGCUUCGUCGGCAUCCUCCUUCGCUUCCUCGUCGACCGUCUCGAAGAGCUCGGCAAGUCGGACAAGAAGCAUGCCUCCAUCAGCCUCCGCCUCUUCAAGAUGGCUUUCAUGGCUGUCACCAUUUUCCCCGAAGACAACGAGGUGGUCCUCCAACCGCAUCUUAGCCAUCUUAUCAUGGAAUCCAUGAAACUCGCCAGCAAGGCCGAUGAGCCCACCAACUACUUUUUGCUCCUCCGUGCCCUCUUUCGCAGCAUCGGCGGCGGUCGCUUUGAGCUUCUCUACAAAGACGUCCUCCCUCUGCUUCCCGUCCUCCUCGAAAACCUCAAUGCGCUCCUCAACGCUGCCGAACCCAGCAGGCGUGAAGUCUUUGUCGACCUCUGCCUCACCGUUCCCGUCCGACUCAGCGUCUUGCUCCCUUAUCUCGGCUACUUGAUGAAGCCCUUGGUACUGGCGCUUCAGUCUUCGACCGAACUCGUCAGCCAAGGUCUUCGCACGCUCGAGCUGUGCAUCGACAACCUCACCCAAGAGUUUCUCGACCCCAUCAUGGCUCCUUACGCACAGGACAUUAUGGCCGCACUGUGGCAGCAUCUUCAGCCCUUGCCGCACAACCACCAGCACUCGCACACCACCAUGCGCAUCCUUGGAAAGAUGGGCGGUCGUAAUCGCAAGCUCCUCCAGAACCCACCAAGGCUAUCCUACGUCUCGCACAAGUCUGCCACCUUCCCCGUCCAUUUCGAAGCAAAAGCGCAAUCCAUGACGCUCACUCCUGUCACCGAACUUGCGUUGGCCAACAUCCGACGUACCGAUCCCUACUACCGCAAGCACGCCUUUGAGCUGCUCCGUCACACCACCGCUCUCUUCUUGGACGGAUCACUCAUGGAUGUCGACCGCGAGACCGUCUUUGGCAAGCUCAUCAAGGGUCUCUUUGACGCAACGCGCUCCGAUGAUCUGCGAGACGAAGCGGUGCAGUACCUCUUUGGAAUCUGCAAGCACGUCUUUCACGCCGAAAUAAAGCGCGACAUGCCAUCCUCAUCCGGCGCAUCCAGUCGCCAUCUCUGGCCCAUGACCAUCUCGCUUCUCGAAGGUCUCACAAAUGCGCUUGCUCUCAACGAGGCGGGCAACGAUCCCACGCCUCUCAUCGAGUUGCAGCUGCACAUCAUCCGCGAGUUCCUCGCCGCUUGCGAAAAGACGCCUGCUACCCGCUCCGAUCUCGGCCACAUUGUCAUGCAUUCGUUUGCUAGCAAGUUUUGCUCUCAGUGCUACGAACAGCUUUGGCAGCGCAAGACCGGCGGUUGGCUCGGUGUCGACAUGCUCGUUCGUCGAGCCGAUCUCGGCCAAAUCUGGGUUCGUGACCAUCAGCUCGAGAUUGUACGUGCGCUCCUCUUCAUGCUCAAGGACAUGCCCAACGAUCCUCCUGGCAACAUUGACGAGGUCAGCGAAACCUUGCUUCAGGUCAUCCGUCAGGCUUACACUGUCAAGCCGUCCACUGCGGAUGGCAAGCCAGAGCCACCCGUGCCUGAGAGACCCAGCCAUCUCACUUACCUCAUCGGCAUCCUUGUGCCCGAGCUUUCUAGUUCCAACGCUACCGUCCGCACCACCACACAGACUGCGUUCAAGCUCCUCGCCGAGCUGCGCAAGUGCACCGUCACCGAGUUGCUGACACCACAAAAGGAUCGCUUGUUGCAACCCAUCUUCACCAAGCCACUUCGUGCGCUUCCCUUUGGCAUGCAGAUUGGCCACAUUGACGCCAUCACCUUUGCGCUCAACCUUACCCCUCCUCUUCCCGAGUUCAACGAGGAGCUCUACCGCGUGCUCACCGAGGCGCUGGCGCUUGCCGAUGCUGAUGACCAGGCUCUCAUCGGCCGCACGUCGCAGUAUAAGAACAUGAUCGCCGUCACCAAGCUGCGCGUUGUCGCGAUCCGCUUGCUUUCUUCGGCCAUGGCGUGCGGCGACUUUCUCUCCACCAAGCACACACAGAUGCGCAUGAGGAUCAUUUCGGUCUACUUCAAGAGCCUCUACUCGCGCAGCGAAGAGGUGGUGCAGGUCGCCUACGAGUCGCUCAAAACUGUACUCAGCCAGCAGAGCAAACUGCCCAAGGAUUUGCUGCAGAGCGGCUUACGCCCCAUUCUCAUGACGCUCGCCGAUCGCAAUCGUCUUACCGCCUCCGGUCUUGAAGGUCUUGCUCGUCUUUUGCAGCUGCUCACCAACUACUUCAAGGUCGAGAUCGGCACAAAGCUGCUUGACCACCUUACCAGUCUUGCCGAACCUGCCGUUUUGCAUCGCGCUGCAGUCGGCUCGCUGCGUGACAACGAACAGAUCAAGACGCUCGUCGCCAUUGUCAACGUCUUCCGUCUCUUACCAGAGGCUUCGUUCCAGUUCCUCCCGCGCCUGACCACCACGGUCGCCGAGAUCGAGUCUCAGCUCCGACGUGCCGGGCCUACGCCAUUCACCAAGCCGCUCACGCUCUUCCUCAACCGUUUUGCUGAAAAGGCGGUCACAUACUUUUUCGAAGGUGACAAGCUCAGCAACCCCAAGUUUUUGCGCGUUGUCAAGCUGUCGUUGUCGUUGGACGAAGGUUCCGAGCUGCGAUCUCACGUAACCAGUGGUCGCGAGAAGCUCUUGUUCCCUCUGUUUGCCAACGACGCUUCCGCAGCUCAAGUCCAGGCAGGUAUCUCGAUCGUACAGCAGCUCGUCGAUCGCGACCCCAACUGGCUCGUCACCAACAGGGAUGUCUUUGAGAAGUUAAUCACGCUCUGGAACAGUCCUGCUAGCAAGGAACGGCGGCGUGAGGAAGCCAACAGCAGCGCCACCAAGGCUGACGCUGCUUCGGCCAACGCAACGAGUACUCCGGCCCCCUCUGUCACGCGCAGCAACAGCGAGACCAAGCAACUCAUUGAGCUCUUCCUCUCGUACCUCCGCAUCGAGCCCCACGUCGAGGCGUAUGCUGCCAUCUUGGAUGCGUACACCUACAAGGUUGCGUGCGACCUCACCUUUGCGACACGAUUUAUCUACGAUCAUCUCUGCAUCAAGGCGUCGAACUCGUUCAAAAAGCAGAUGUUCUCGCGCUUCCUCACGAUGUUUGAGGACAAAAAUGCCAGCCAGAUGCUCAAAACACAGGCGCUUCGUGUACUGAUCAACCCGAUGCUGUUAGCUUCGUAUGGUCCUCAUCCGACGAGCUCACCUUCCGCUUCACCUAAGCCUGUUGCGGCGGUCAUUGCCGCAGAGAAGCCAGCGGCUGCUGGCUCCCAACUGACCACCGCCGGUGCUAGCGUAAAUGCCGACGACAAGGAUGGCGAUGUCGAGAUGGAGGAGUCCGCGGCCAAGGACAAGAAACCCGAAAGUGCCGCCACUGCAUCUUCGAGCACGGCGACCGUUGCAGCUUCUGACGACACAUCGACAGAAAAGAACAACGAGACCGAGGCCAAGCUUGCCUCCACACCUAUUGAAAAGCCCGCUGUUGCUGACGACGUCGAAGUAAUCGAUGUGGAGCUGGUUACGCAGAUCGUCAACCGCAUGUGGAAGCCGUUCCAGAACGCAAAGGCCGCCAACGAGCUCUGCUCGGACGACGCACUCCGCAUCGAGCUGCUCCACAUGUCAACCAUGAUCCUCGAGCACUGCUCGGACCACCUUGCUCCUAACGGUCAGUUGAAGAAGGACACGAUCAAAUUUGGUUGGGCCAACCUCACGGCCGAGGACGUCACCGUCAAGAAUGUAGCCUACAUUUUCAUCGCUCGCUUCCUUGAGGUGUUUGAGAGCCCUAUCAAGAUUGUGGGCCAGGUCUACUUUGGCUUGCUGCGCGCUCACCAGUCUGAAGGCCGCAGUAUGGUCAAGAAGGCGCUCGAUAUUCUGGUCCCGGCGCUACCCAAACGCGCCGGAGCCAGCGAGAACGGCCAGCCGCCGCAGUGGGCCAAAUGGACCAAGCGACAAUUGGUCGACGAGGGCCACAACGUCAGCCAGCUCUUUGCCAUCUUGAGUCUGCUGGUGCGUCACGCCGACCUCUUUUACAGCAGCCGUGAGAUGUUCAUUCCUCACAUUGUUAGCAACCUUACCAAGCUUGGCCUUGUUGCCAACGUCAAUGUCGAGUCUAGGAUGUUGGCUGUCGAUCUUGUUGAGCUUCUCCACAAAUGGGAGAAGCGUCGUCAGGAGCACGUCCGUUCCCAGCAGGCAUCGACAGAGGACGCUUCGGCACACAAGGGCACCGAGGCCGAGCCCGCUGCUGCCGGUGCUGCCGUUGCUGCCAAACGUGGGCUUGAUGCGCCUGAGGAAGCUUUGGCUGUCAAGAAGGUACGUAUCGAUGAGUCGGGCAUCUCAUCCUCGGCUUCGGCGUCCAAGAGCUCUUCGCCUGUCUCUGCACACGCAACAGCUCCAAAUGCAGCAGCCUUGUCCGCAAAUGCUCCUAGUGCCGAUCCUACCCAGUCGCCAGCCGACCACGAGUAUCUCAUGCCCAUGAACUUGCGCGAGAUGACCGUCGGCUUCCUGGUACGCUUCGUAUCGCUCUCGAUGGAGCCCAUCUCCAAGGCAGGCAUCGUAUCCAAGGCCGCCAACUUGCUCUCGGAGGUCCUCAAGGCUCCCUACUGGUCCGAUGUGCAGGUACGGCUGUCGAUCUUCCAGCGUCCUUUGAUCCAUACCGAGAUCAACGAGCAGAACACACCGGUCAUUUGCAAUGCGCUCCGCACGCUACAGAUUGUCGUCGAGGAUAAGACCGAUGCUUACAUUGCUCCGCACGUACCGCAGCUGCAGAAGCUGCUCGAAAAGAGUGCUUCCACCGACGAAGCCUCGCUCGUCGAAGCACAGAAACCCGUCCUAGAGCGUAUCUUCCGCGUCAUUCCCGAUCCGCCGCCCGAGGAGGAUGCUGACGGUGAAGCCGACAUGGACACGGGCGAUGACAAGAAGCCCGACGAAGAUGAUGCUGCCGUCACCAAGGAUCCCAAGGAGAGUGAGGCCACCGACGAGUUGUCAGCUUUCCGCAAGUUUGCCGAGACUCUCAUCGCUGAUGGGCUCAAGCAGAGCCAGAAUUUGCACAGCGUCUUCAGCAUGCUCGAUGCCUGGAGCCAAAGCAAGCCUGAAAAGAUCGAUGCGCACCUGCCGGCGCUCAGCAAGGCGCUCAGCAAGUUGACCAAGGAGCACCUCGCUGCUGCGGCGCCUGUUCCAGCAAACGAUGCCAACCUCAAGCUGCUCAUGCUCGUACUCGAGCUGCUCAAGCGCCGCAUCUCGAACCUGGGCGAUCAGCGACGCUGGCUGCUUUCGGCGUUGGUGCAGUUGGUUGAGCGCUCGUCGUCGUUGGAGCUGUGUCGCUUCCUCCUGUCGACCAUGUCCAAGUGGAUCCUCGAACAACGCGAGACGUUCCCAACGGUCAAGGAAAAGGCUGGCAUCUUGCUCAAGAUGAUGUCGUUCGAGUCGCGUGACAAUGACCAGCUUCUGCGCGACUAUCUCGACCUCAUCCAUUCGAUCUACACGACGCCUGCUUUUGCGCGAACUGAAUUGACGGUGCGUCUCGAAAACGCAUUUUUGCUUGGCUGCCGUCACAAGGACCCAGAAGUGCGACAAAAGUUCAUCGACAUCUUUGAUCGCACGCUUGUCCGCGAUGCUGCGGGUCGUCUGCAGUACCUACUCGGUCAUCAGAGUUGGGAGUAUCUGGCCGAGCACUACUGGAUCAACCAGGUGCUGGACCUCACGCUUGCGUCGAUCGACACCAACUGGCCCCUGCUGGCACAUAGCUCAGUCCAGCUUGGAAAGGCAGGCAGCAGUUUUGUUCCGACGCUCAAGAGUCUGCGCGUGGGCGACAUGCUUUCGUCGCUCCGUGCUUUGCAGUACACGGACCACGAUCUGGCACACCAGAUCUGGGUCUCCUUCUUUGCCGCUGCCUGGCGAUCGAUGAGUCGCAAGGACCACGACGACAUUACGCGAGCGCUCAUUGGCGUGCUGACGCGCGAGUAUAACCUUCGCCAGGUGAGCAAGCGGCCCAACGUCGUUCAGACUCUGCUGGAGGGUGCUCUGGCUUGCAAGCCGCAGCUCGAGCUACCGCCGCAUGUGGUCAAGUACCUCGGCCGCAACUUUAACGCGUGGCACACAUCGAUUGAGCUGCUUCAGAAUCUGUUGCGCUCGCUGCCUCGACAGGAUGAUGCGAUUCGAGAAGCUGGCCAGGAUGCGCUUACAGAGCUGUACGCGGAGCUGUCGGAAGAAGACAUGUUCUACGGCCUCUGGCGCCGACGAUGCGUGUAUGCCGAGACGAACAGCGCCAUUUCAUUCGAGCAAAUCGGUAUGUGGAACCAGGCGCAGGUGCAGUACGAGACAGCGCAAAUCAAAGCACGUUCGGGCGUGCUCAACUUUACCGAGGCCGAAUACCACUUGUGGGAGGACCAGUGGGUGUUUUGCGCCCAAAAGCUGCAGCAGUGGGAUAUCCUCACGGAUCUUGCCAAGAUGGAGGGCGACAACGAUUUGCUGCUCGAGUGUGCGUGGCGACUGUACGACUGGACCGCAGAGCGCGAGACGCUCGAGCAGGCGCUGGAGAGUUUGUCGGCGAGUGCGACGCCACGACGUCGCGUGUUUGAGGCCUAUAUGGCUCUGCUCAAGUCGCAAUCGGGCCAAGACAAGCCGGCUGAAUUUGGCCGCAUCUGCGACGAGGCGAUCCAGCUGACGCUCAAGAAGUGGCACUCGCUGCCGACGGCUGUCACUGUAGCGCACGUACCGCUGCUGCAGAUCUUCCAGCAAUUCGUCGAGUUGCAAGAGGCAAGCACCAUCUUUGCCAGUCUGGCGCACACGAACGCCACCAACCUCGACCAGCGUUCUGCCGAACUCAAGGCUCAAAUGCAAACGUGGCGCGAACGUCUGCCCAAUUUGUGGGACGAUAUCAACGCUUGGUCCGAUUUGGUUGCGUGGAGGCAACACGUUUUCGGUGCCAUCAACAAGGCCUACCUGCCGCUUGUGCCCGUCAUCCAGCAGCGCGAUGGUCAGAACGCAUCCACUAACUCGUACGCCUACCGUGGCUACCACGAGACGGCAUGGAUUAUCAACCGAUUUGCCCACGUUGCGCGCAAGCACUACCUCAACGACGUCUGUAUCUCGUCGCUCACCAAGAUCUACACGCUGCCCAACAUUGAGAUCCAAGAGGCGUUCCUCAAGCUGCGCGAGCAGGCAAAGUGUCACUUCCAGAACCCGAACGAGUUGACGCAGGGUCUCGAUGUGAUCAACAAUACCAACCUGAUGUUCUUUGCUGCGCCUCAAAAGGCUGAGUUCUUUACGCUCAAGGGUAUGUUCAUGGCUCGCUUGGGGCUGAACGACGACGCCAAUCAUGCGUUUGCUACUGCGAUCCAGAUGGAUCUCAACUUGGCAAAAGCUUGGACCGAGUGGGGUCGAUACAAUGACCGAUUGUUCCGCGACCGCCCGACGGAGCUGUCGGCGGCUGGAAACGCUGUUAGCUGCUACUUGCAAGCGGCGGGCCUGUACAAGAAUGCCAAGGUACGAAAGGUGCUCAUCCGUGUUCUUUGGUUGUUGUCGUGCGACGAUAACAAGGGCACUGUCUGGCAAGCGUUCGAAGCGUUCAAGGGCGACGCACCAAUCUGGUACUGGAUCACGUUCAUCCCACAGCUGUUGCAGAGCCUUAGCCACAAGGAGGCCAAGUUUGCAAGGAAGAUGCUCAUGUCGAUCGCCAAGACGUUCCCGCAAUCGCUAUACUUUUACCUGCGCACGACCAAGGAGGACUUUGUGGCGAUGAAGCGCCAGUCGCUUAUGGCGGCGCAGAGGGCGGCGCAGCAGCAGGCUCGGCAGCAACAGGCAGCAGCUGCAGCAGCUGCUGCUGCAGCGUCGGCAGCGAACGCCAAUGGGAAGCCAGCCGCAAGUGCAGAGGCGGCCAAGGCGCCCAGCGGUGAUGGUCAAACUGCUGCUGCUGGGAAUCCGGUGAAAACGGAUGGUGGCAUUGGUGGCGCUGCUGCUGAAUCGACUACUACUGCGUCUGCCAGCGGCAACAUCACUUCGGAUACGGGAGCUAACAAAGCGACGCCUGGCGCUAGUUUGGCUCCUCCCACAUCCGGUGCAGCCGGUGCUACAGCCUCAGUGCCUGCGACUGCAGCUGCUGCAGCUGCUGGAGCCUCGGGAGCGAACGGAGCAACUGCUGGUACGGCUCCAGCUGCCGCAGCCGCAGCCGCUGCGGCAGCGGCCAACAUGCCGCGACAGCCGUGGGAGUACGUCGACGAGAUUCUUAACAUCCUCAAAACGGCAUUCCCGCUGCUUACGCUCACGAUGGAGAACAUAGCCGAGCAGAUUCAGCAGCGCUUUAAGCCGACCAAUGAGGAGGACAUCUACCGCCUGACGAAUGCGCUGCUCAACGAUGCUUUGCAGCAGUACAUCCAGCGUGCUGUGUCUCCUACCGACUCAGGGGUGCUUCCGGCGUCGUCGCAGGCGAACGUGAUCCGGUUUGCCGAGAACCUGCCACCUGGACCGCUCAAGACGUCGUUCGAGGAGGACUUUGUCAAGUCGAAACCUACGCUUCGCGACUACGUCUCAAAGUUGCAGCGAUGGCGCGAUCGAUACGAGACGAGCUUGGAUCGACGUCCGAGCAAGCAACACUUGGAGCACUGUUCGCACUACCUGGUCGAGUUCCAACAUCAGAAGUUCGACGAGGUCGAGGUGCCCGGUCAGUAUCUCAAGUUGGAGGAUAACAACUCGGACUUUGUCAAGAUCGCACGCUUCAUGCCGGUGUUUGAGAUGGUUCGAAGCUCGGGUAUGUGUACGAGGCGGUUGACAAUCUUGAGCAACAAGGGUACGAUGCAUGCGUUUGCGGUGCAGCUUCCGAGUGGGAGGUAUUGUAGGAGGGAGGAGAGGAUCUUCCAGUUGCUGAGAUUCUUCAAUCGGAUUUUGGAGAGGAGGAAAGAGACGAGAAAGAGAGGAUUGGCGUUCCAUGUUCCGUUGGCGUUGCCGUUGGCGCCGCAGGUGAGGAGUGAUCGAUCACGAUGCUGGGUUUGUGAGUCUGCAGGAUAUCUACAAGCGGCAUGCGGAGGAAGUGGGGAUUGGCAAGGAUGA